GAGAGAAGUAAGGGGGACCUUGGAAGGGGAGAGAGAGGAAGGAGAGGCGAGGGCCGGCAGCAGGAACAACGGGAGCCGAGGCGAGGGCAGCAGCAGUCAGCAUCCGAGCACCCCUGGCAGCCGGGCGGGGCGGAGCGCAGCCGCAAGAGGACUUUCCCAGGAGUAGACCUCCCUCGCCAGCAGCCCAUGCGGUGUCCGGCGGAGGGCAGGCGGCACCGCGAGCGACAUCCAGGGGCUCGAGGGGGCGCCAGUGCAGGGUGUGUGUUUUUGCCCCCGGCGAAGGGAUAAGGAGACGGCAGGCAGUCAAGCCAGGAGCCUCCGCCAACUCCAGAAGGAAAGUUGCAAACUUUGGGAAAGUUUCCCUCCUUCUUCCCGGACGGGGCGGGGGAGCUGCGGAGAGCGUGAUCGGGACUCCGGUCGGGAGGGGGGGUCCCUCUUAGAGGGUGUUUGGAUCAGUCUCUCUUCCCUCGCCCUCAAUACCCCCCCCCCCACUUUCUGCUGGAGAUGCUCUGCCAGGGAGGAGGAGGAGGAGGCUGGCUCCGUUUCUUCUUGACGGCGCUGCUGUGGCCCCGGCCUCUGCCCUGGGUGGCUGCGGCGUCGGGGGCCCCGUCGGAGCUGCGAGUCCGCGUCCGGCUCCCCGAUGGGCAAGUGACGGAGGAGAGCCUGCAGGCGGACAGCGGGGCGGACUGCGUCACCCUGGAGCUCCGCAAGGGCGACGGCACCCUCAUCACCCUCACGGCCGACUUCAAACAGGAGGUGAAGAUUUUCCGAGCCCUAAUACUUGGAGAACUGGAGAGGGGCCAGAGUCAAUUCCAGGCACUCUGCUUUGUCACCAGGCUCCACCGCAAUGAGAUCAUUCCCAGUGACUCCAUGGCCAAGCUAAGACAGAAAAAUCCACGGACUGUGCGGCAAGCCGAAGAGGUCCGUGCCCUUGAACAUCUCAGCAUGGACGUGGCUGUCAACUUCAGCAAAGGGGCUCAGCUCAGCUCCCACAUCCACAACGUCUGUGCGGAGGCCAAAGAGGCCAUCUACACCCGGGAAGAGGAUGUGAAGUUCUGGAUGGAAAAAGGCAUGGACGGCUCCAUGUUCGAGGUCCUACCCCAGUCGGCUGAUCUUCCCAACUUGCAGCGGUGCCGCCUGUGUGCAGAUCGCUGGAGGCCCUGCAUCUGCAGCUAUGCGCUGAGUAUUGAGUGGUACCCCUGCAUGCUCAAGUACUGCAAGAGCCGCGAUGCUGCUGGGAAGGUCUCCUCCUACAAGUGUGGCAUCCGCAGCUGCCAGAAGGGCUACAGCUUCGACUACUACGUGCCGCAGAAGCAGCUGUGCCUUUGGGACGAGGAGACCUAGCAGGGCGCCCAGGCAGCCAUUUUGUCCCAUCGGUGCUUCCCUUCCACCUCCCUUCAUGUGGAUCUGGGUCGCUCUGCCAAGAUGGCUGCCUAGGAAAGCAAGGAAGGUGCAGGGCCUGGAGAGGAGGGGGCACCUGUUCAGGACUCCAUUUUAUGAAGCCUUCGUGUGGGUCUGUCCAACUCCUUUUCUACCAGAGUGUGAACUCCCUUAGACUUGGGGAUAUAGGCCACAUUUGACCUUGCCUAAGAAGAUGGUGAGCUGUUGGCACAAGGACGUGCUCUAGGGCAGAGUUGGGGUUGUUGAAGCCUUGGAACCAGGCCCCUCAUGCACCGUUUGACCACUGGCCCUCUUGAAUUCUUAAGGUCCUUGACAACCCAGACUGAAAUGUGACCCACUACGCUGUUUUUGUAUCAUCAAGAAAAUUGAGGGGGAAGGACAGAGGCUCUUCCUUGACAAUCUUCCAGAAGGAAUAUGAGACCAGAUGAGUAAGGAGGCUCCUCCAAGCACCACACUUUUAUGGGUGUUUAAUCUGCCCAGUGGUGGCCAUGUGGGGCUUGAACCUUUGGCCUCCAUAUCGAAGCUCUUGAACUUGAAGAGCACCCUGAAACUUGCUACCUGGGUCAGCCACCAGAAGGAAACAAGCAGCCACAACAAGAUGGCUGUUCUACCUUGAACACGCAACGCUCCUGUGACGAGG